CCAUGGCGGACAUCAAAACAGGCAUCUUUGCCAAAAAUGUCCAAAAGCGGUUGAGCCGUGCGCAGGAAAAGGUGCUGCAGAAGUUGGGGAAGGCAGAUGAAACGAAAGAUGAACAGUUUGAAGGCUUCGUCCAGAACUUCAAGAAGCAGGAGGUGGAAGGAUCCAGGUUGCAAAGGGAAAUGAAGGCAUACCUGGCAGCAGUGAAAGGAAUGCAGCAGGCCUCAAUGAACCUAACCGAGUCGCUGCAUGAAGUCUAUGAACCUGACUGGCAUGGAAAAGAUGAUGUCUUGUCUAUUGGGAAGAGCUGUGAUGCACUCUGGGAAGACUUCCAUCAGAAGUUGGUGGACUCCUCACUUAUCACCUUGGAUACAUACCUUGGACAGUUCCCCGACAUCAAAACUCGUAUUGCAAAGAGAAGCCGAAAGCUAAUCGACUAUGACAGCGCCAGACAUCACUUAGAAACUUUGCAGGCCUCCAACAUAAGAAAUGAGCGUAAAAUCUCUAAGGCAGAAGAGGAGUUCAGCAAAGCACAGAAGGUUUUUGAUGAGCUCAAUGUCGAUUUGCAGGAAGAACUACCAUCUCUGUGGGACAGUCGUGUUGGUUUCUACGUGAACACCUUCAAGAAUGUCACAAAUCUGGAAUCCAAGUUCCACAGAGAAAUUGCAGUGCUCUGCCACAAGCUGUAUGAGGUGAUGACCAAACUGGGGGAGCAACAUGCAGACAAGGCCUUCACUAUCCAGGGAGCUCCAAGUGACUCUGGUCCUCUUCGGCUGGCAAGGACACCCUCACCUUCAGAAGAUGAGUCCCCGCUUGCCAGCCCCAUUGCUAGCCCCAACCAUAUGUUGGCACCUGCGUCAACCGGGCCUCCCCGACCCAAAUCCCCUUCACAGCUCAGAAAGGGCCCUCCAGUACCGCCCCCACCCAAGGUCACGCCCACCAAGGAGCUGCACCAGGAGCAGAUCAUCAGCCUGUUCGACGACAACUUUGUCCCGGAGAUCAGCGUGACCACACCCUCGCAGACCCAAAAGGCUGGUGAGUCCCUCUUGGAUCUGGACUUCGACCCAUUCAAGCCGGACUCCACCACACCCAUUGGGCAGUCACCCAUGUCCCAGACACUGCCUUGGGACUUAUGGACGACAAGUGCUGGUCCUCCACAGCCUGUGUCCAACAAUUCUUUUAAUGGAUUUUCUCAGCUGGACACAGGGACCUCCGUGUUUACAGCAGACUCAAACCAGAGUGUGUUUGAUAUGAUGCCUGAUACAGAGGCUGUGUCCCCUGCUGCCGAAGUGGAGGUAACCUGUGAACCUGUGGCUGAACCGGGCCAGGCCCAGGAGCCCUCCUCCAUUGAUGCUAGCGCUGAUGUUUCUGCGGAUGCUGCAGGUGCUGCAGGUUCGAGCCCGCCUGCAGAAAAGGCUGCAGACAUUGCUGAGACUGAGGUAACUGAGCCCCCUACGAGUGUGGAGGCUGAGACUGCGGAGAAACUUCCUUUGGCAGAGGCAGAGAAAGAGCCCCCUGCUGAAGAAGCAGUGAAACCUGUCCCAGCCAAGGAGGCAGAGAAGGGGUCCCCGUCCAUAGAAGCUCUGGCUCCUUCACAGGAUGUGGAGUCACCCAAAGAGCAGGCUCCGGAGAAAAUGUCUGUCCCAUCAGUGGUGAUCGAGCCUGCUUCCAGCAAUGAGGGUGAUAACGACCACAAUGACGACAUCACCUCACCUACUACCCCCAAGGACAAUGGGGUGAUGCCAGACAGCCAGCAACUCAAAGAGGGCCCUGCCUCCCCCGAGGGUGACAAAACCGAACCAGCUGCUGCCCCCAGGCUCCCCCCUGACUUCCUCUAUAAGGAAACACCAGAGAUGUCGUCUCGUAUCGGGCACAGGGAAACAGUGGAUGGAUUCCACUUUGGCAUCCACGGGACGCACCUGACAUUGGCCAACUACCUUACCCAGGUGGAAACCAUGCAUGAUUUUGAGGCGGCAAAUACUGAUGAGCUGGACUUGAAGAAAGGAGAUGUGGUGUUGGUGGUCACCACAGUGAUGGCUGAAGACCAGGAUGCCGGUUGGCUCACAGGAAUCAAGGAGUCCGACUGGUUGCAGCAAGGGGAUGCCACUCGUAAGGGACUCUUUCCAGAAAACUUCACCCAGCGCUUAGCAUAACCAGCUAAGUGCUAAUUUCACUUGGAACUCAAUGACUUACUUCCAGACAGAAAAGGCUUUCUUGAAACUAGUGGGGACCAUUUUUACAGAGAAUGAGGAAAACCAUCAACCAAACAACCUGGCUGUGUGGACGAAAUUACAGUGACUAAGAACAAAUAGUGGAGCAUGAUGCAAGGCUGCUGUCUAAUUUCUUAAACCAAUAAAUGAGUAUGAUUCAUUUUUAUACCUGUAAGCAACAACAAACUGAUUUGUGCUUUCUUUUAGCUUUGGUAAACUCCCCAUGUAAUCCCUAACAGUGA